UGAGAACAUUCUCUAAUGGAGCUCUGGUUCAUCAUCCUCUCUUCUAUCUGUAUCUGUGCAGCUAUCAAAUCCUUCUUCCAACUCUCCUCCCACGGCAAACCCAAGCAAACAAAACUCUCCCUCCCACCAGGCCCUCCAAAAGUACCUAUAAUUGGUAACUUACUCUGGUUUUACAAAUCCUUCUCUGAACUUGAACCAAUCCUUCAGAGCCUCCGCCACAAAUAUGGCCCCAUCAUCACCCUCCAUAUUGGCUCCCGCCCAGCCAUCUUCAUCACAGACCAUUCUCUCGCCCAUCAAGCCCUCAUUGAGAAUGGUGCCGCUUUUGCCGACCGCCCACCAUCCACCGCUUCAAACCGCAUCCUUACUACAAACCAACACAACAUCAAUUCUGCCGGCUAUGGUCCUCUUUGGCGAGUCCUUCGUCGGAACCUUACCUCUGAGCUCCUCCAUCCUUCUAAGGUUAGAUCCUAUUCUCAUGCCCGCAAAUGGGUCUUGGAGAUACUCAAGUCACGGCUCAGAUUCCAUGGUGAAUCAGGUGAGCCUGUGCAUGUAAUGGAUACCUUUCAGUACGUUAUGUUCUGCUUACUGGUUUUCAUGUGCUUUGGUGAGAAACUUGAUGAGAAGGUCAUUAGAGAAAUCGAAGACGUAGAAAGAACCUUACUUGUCAAUUUCCGUUUUUUCAAUGUACUUGCGUUCUUCCCUACUUUGGGGAAAAUAUUUUUCAGAAAUCGCUGGCAACAAUUGCUUGAUAUGCGCCACAGACAGGACUCUGUUAUAAGCCCUCUAAUAAGAGCCAGACGAGAACGAAAAGAGAAGAAACAAGAGAACCCAGAUGAAUUAUUCAUCUCCUACAUCGAUACAAUGUUCAAUCUUCAAAUCCCAGAUGAAGGGGGACGAAAGCUCACAGAACAAGAAAUGGUGACUCUUUGCUCAGAGUUUCUAAAUGCCGGUACAGACACAACAUCUACUGCACUUCAAUGGAUCAUGGCUAACCUGGUGAAGAACCAAGAAAUCCAAGAAAAACUGUAUUCAGAAAUCAAAGGAAAUGUGGGUUCAGGUGAAGAAGAGAUCAAAGAAGACGAUUUGGCGAAGAUGCCAUACUUGAAGGCUGUGGUUUUGGAAGGGCUAAGGCGACACCCACCAGGCCACUUCGUAUUGCCACAUGCUGUCACUGAAGAUAUUGUAUUGGACGGCCAUGUUAUACCAAAGAAUGCCGCAGUGAAUUUCACGGUUGCAGAGAUGGGGAGGGAUCCAAAGGUUUGGAAAGAUCCAAUGGAGUUUAAACCAGAGAGGUUCCUGGGUGACGAAGGGAAACAGUUUGACAUAACAGGGAGUAGGGAGAUUAAGAUGAUGCCAUUUGGUGUAGGGAGGAGGAUUUGCCCAGGACUUGGGUUAGCUGUGCUGCAUCUGGAGUUUUUUGUAGCAAAUUUGAUCAGAGAUUACAAAUGGACGGCUGUUGAGGGAGUUGAUGUUGACUUGUCAGAGAAGCUAGAGUUCACAGUAGUCAUGAAAAAUCCAUUGCAAGCCCACAUCUCUCCAAGGGUGAAAUAAGAGAUUCUCAUCAAUCUAUUAUUUACUUCUUUAUAUUCUAUCUUC